CUCCGUCUGUCUGUGGAGCGUCCUCGGCAUGGACGGUAGCUCCACUUCUCAACUUUUUACCACAGGUACGUUUCAUGUAAGACGGUUUGUAUCAGUCGGAAAUGGAUUUCUGAACAGAACAAGCCGAAGCUGAGUCCCUACGCGAGUUACAUCGACCGCUGAAACAUUUCCCACCCCGUUUCUCUCAGUUCGGGCUGUUGAAGGAAGAGGGAAAAAAUGCCAGUGGCAACUCUUCUGCCUUUUACCGCGACCCCGAGUCGGAAGUCUGCCAGCCCGACUUCUUUCAGGUUAACGGAGAAAUUUAUCUUGUUGCUGGUGUUCAGCGCUUUUAUCACGCUGUGCUUCGGGGCGAUCUUCUUCCUGCCGGACUCGUCGAAGCUCCUCAGCGGAGUUUUCUUCCGCUCGUCGCCGGUGGAGACUAACACCCGCACCGGUCCGGAGAGCAGCGACUCCGGCUCGGCCGCGAACGAGGAGCGGAACCUGGAUAAAAUCAAGAGAGACCACGAAAAAGCGCUCCUAGAAGCCAAGGAUACUCUACAGAAGGCACCCGGAGUGAUUAAAGCGGAAAUUUUAACUGUCAAGAGUCAACUUGCAAAUGACCGUCUGAGUCAAGGUGGGAAUAAUUUACCUGUCAUCAACUAUCACCGCCCGCCGGGGGCGACCGGGCACGAUCCAGUGGACCCCGAAACCAAGGAGAGACGGGCUAAGAUCAAACAGAUGAUGAAGCACGCGUGGGACGGCUAUCGGCGCUACGCGUGGGGUUCCAAUGAGCUCAGACCGGUCUCCAAGCAAGGCCACUCCAGCAAUCUAUUUGGGAGUAUAAAAGGAGCAACGAUAGUGGACGCCCUGGACACCUUGUUUAUCAUGGAAAUGUUUGACGAGUUCGAUGCUGCCACAGAGUGGGUAGAGAAGAACCUCGACUUUAAUGUGAAUGCAGAAAUAUCUGUGUUUGAGGUGAACAUCAGAUUUGUUGGAGGUCUGCUGUCUGCCUACUACCUGUCUGGAAAAGAGGUGUUCCGCAGAAAGGCUGUGGAAUUGGGUGAAAAGCUGCUGCCGGCCUUCAAAACGCCCACAGGCAUCCCCUGGGCUCUGCUUAACCUCAAGAGUGGAAUUGGUAGAAACUGGCCGUGGGCGUCAGGCGGGAGCAGCAUCCUGGCCGAGUACGGCACCCUGCAUUUGGAGUUCAUGCACCUCAGCGUACUCUCAGGAAAACCAGAGUUCGCUCAGAAGGUCAUGAACAUCAGGAAAGUUCUAAAUCGCCUGGACAAACCUCAGGGCCUCUACCCCAACUACCUGAACCCCAACAGUGGCCAGUGGGGCCAACAUCACGUGUCUGUGGGUGGCCUGGGUGACAGUUUCUAUGAGUAUCUGCUCAAGGCCUGGCUUAUGUCUGACAAAACUGAUGAGGAAGGGAAGAAGCUGUAUUACGAUGCCCUCCAGGCAAUAGAAGCCAAUCUGAUAAGGAAGUCGAGCAGCGGCCUCACCUACAUAGCGGAGUGGAAGGGGGGGCUGCUGGAGCACAAGAUGGGUCACCUGACGUGUUUCGCCGGUGGGAUGAUCGCUCUGGGUGCCGACGGGGCGCCCAGCGACAAGACGGGCCACCAGAUGGAGCUGGCAGCGGAGAUCGCCCGCACCUGUCACGAGUCCUACGCCAGGACAGCCUUGAAGCUGGGUCCAGAAGCGUUUCGUUUCGACGGGGGGGUCGAGGCCAUCGCCACGCGCCAGAACGAGAAGUACUUCAUCCUCCGCCCAGAGGUCAUCGAGACCUACAUGUACAUGUGGAGAUUCACCCACGACCCCAAAUACAGGGAGUGGGGCUGGGAGGCUGUGAAGGCCUUGGAGCAGCACUGUAAAGUAGAAGGAGGUUACAGCGGCGUCAGAGACGUCUACGCUUCGUCUCCGAGCCACGACGACGUGCAGCAGAGCUUCUACUUGGCCGAGACGCUAAAGUACCUCUACCUGCUCUUCUCUGAUGACGAUCACCUACCGUUCGAGCACUGGGUCUUCAACACCGAGGCUCACCCCCUGCCGGUGAUCAGGAAGGACCAAACGGACCGACCCAAUGAAGUGGAGUAGUGGACUCGGACCGGUCUCCUGUGCAUCUGAGCCUGCAGCUGUUCGUCUCCAACACUUCGGCCGUUCGGAGCCCGACGCGGCGACAGAUUUCUCCUGAUCAGAUUUUUAUUUUGGAUUUGUCGGAGCAGGUCCAGUUUUGGGGUUUUUGCUUUAAUUUUUUUUUUUUUUUUUUUUUUUUUUGAUGAACUGUCUCUGGUUGGGUCUGAGGCUCCAGAUGUUUAUUGACAAGAUAACGUGACGGAAACGUUCAAACUCUUCUUCUGCUCAGGUUUGUGUUCAGCGACCCACGCCUGCAGAGAUAAUCAGCUGCUUCUCGUUUAAAGGGACAGUUCGCUUUAUUUCUCAGCAGGUUUGUUGUUCGGAGCUCCGACUUGUUUUCUGUGAGGGAGAGACCGGCUGACCUGGAAGUGGACCCCGGUCUUUGGGCACAACCAAAACUCUGACUGAGGACAACGUUUACUUCACGUUUGUUUUUUGUUUUUCUCGCCUGAAUAAGAGCCAGUUUUUUGUUUUUCGGCCGUGUUGUUGAAGAAAUGUUGGGAUUCCCCUUUUCUACAGACGUGCUCGUGUCUGUGGGCGUUAAAGGAAAGACGCGGCACAAGCGGAACUCGUUUUGUAAACUCCUGGACGUCUGCUCCGACCAGCCGGGCUGUUUCUCUACCCGCCGGUAGCUUCAUCUUCCUCACAUCGUUUACACGCAGCUACCUUUUUCUCCUCCGUCAGUUUGUAACAAUCCUCACGUUUCCACCGGGGUUCGACCGGUGCAGGGAGUUUAACGCUGGUCCGGUUUCCAAACCUGAUCGUUUGCUUUACAAAAACGACCCAGUUUUGAGUUCAUUUUGUUGUUUACGUCCUCCGAAACCUUUUAAAGGUGAAUCAGAGCACAAGGAAUGUAGGGAGGAGUUUAAAACCGUUGGGAAAGAGCCAACCAGUGGAGCGUUACUGGUUAAAAAGAUCUGAUUUGAACCUUUCGGCGCAGAGUGUCUCCUCUUUAAAGGAAC